AUGCAACGAUACGUUUCCGACACACACGCUGGCGAGGCCGCUCGCCGUGCUGCUUCGGCGACCAAUGCUGCCAGCUACGCACCAAGUAGCCGCUCCUUCGUUCCCCAAUACCAAGCGACACGAGAUCUUCACCGUAGUCGUAUCGGAAGCAUCCCUGGAGCCAGCGACAGUGGCGCUGAUCUUGCCUCCAACGCUGACUUGGACGUUGAGAUGGCUGAUAUUGCAGAGAUCGUGGUCCCAUCCACCAAAUGCUCCGAUCCUGUCGAAGCGCUUCCCACCGAAAUUGUCGCUCUCAUUCUCGCCCAUCUUGACCCCGAAAGUCUGAAGGCCUCCCAACGUGUCGCUAAGAGCUGGUCUCGCAUCGCCAAGGAUCCUCUUAUCUGGCGCGCUCAAUAUCUGCAACAAUACGAGAAGCAGACCUACGUGUCUCCUGCUCCUAUCCAGAUUGGUGGUGCCGGCACUGGUAUCCCCAACCAGCCCAUGCAACAUUGGGAAUUGAUGCACGACGCAAGAAGACGUAUCGACAAGAACUGGACUCGCGGUGACCAGGGCGGCAAAGGUAUCUACUUGGCCGGCCACACUGACUCCGUCUACUGUGUUCAGUUCGACGAGCAGAAGAUCAUCACCGGAUCCCGCGACCGCACCAUUCGUGUCUGGGAUAUCAACACCUACAAGUGUCUCAAGGUCAUUGGCGGUCCUAGCGUCCGUCCUUCUCCCGGUCCCAAGGUCCUCCGUACUGUGGAAUACCCCAAGUUCCAGCACGCCGAGUCAUCUGUUAAUGGCACUGCCUACGGCAACAGCAUCUACCACGUUCCUUCCGACUUCCACAGCGCUAGUAUCCUUUGCUUACAGUACGAUCACGAAAUCCUCGUUACUGGUUCCAGUGAUAACGAUCUUCUGGUUUGGAACGUCAACACUUACGAGCCCAUUCGUCGUCUGAAGCAGCACACUGGUGGUGUUCUCGAUGUGGCUUUCGAUGAGAAGCACAUCGUCUCCUGCUCCAAGGAUUGCACAAUUAUUGUCUGGGACCGCAAGACUCUUGAGCCUAUUCGCACUCUUACUGGUCAUCGCGGCCCAGUAAAUGCUGUCCAGCUCCGUGGCAACCUCCUCGUUUCUGCUUCCGGUGACGGUGUCGCUCGUCUGUGGGAUCUGAACAAGAUGCAGUGUGUUCGCGAGUUUCCCCAAAAGGAGCGUGGCCUGGCUGCUGUCGAGUUCAGUGAUGACGCUAAGUUCGUCCUUGCUGGCGGCAACGAUCAUGUUACCUACAAGUUCGAUGUCGCUUCUGGCGAAGAGGUCAAGACAUUCACUGGUCACACCCAACUGGUGCGUUCAUUGUUCCUCGACACCCAGAACCGUCGCGUUGUCAGCGGUUCCUAUGACUUGGACUUGCGCGUAUAUGAUUACGACACUGGCGCUCUUCUUGGUCGUUUCAACGAGUGGACCACUUCAUGGAUGUUGGCUGCCAAGUGUGACUACCGUCGCAUAGUCUCGACCAGUCAAGACGGUCGCAUCCUCAUGAUCGACUUUGGCCGCGAUGUUUCUGGCCAGGUCAUGCCCGGAGUCGAGCUCCUCAAGGGUGUGAACCCGCUCUCGCUAUGA